AAUCAUUUCUAAAAUAAAACAAAACAAAACAGUAAACAGUAACCCAAAGUGAUGACAUGAUAUUACUAUCAGAAUCAGUGGUCAAUUAUAAAUAGGCCUAAGCAGUGGUAAAUUAGACAAAAAAUCCUUGAUUAAUGAUCAUGGCUAAUCAUUUUUUUUGUUUUGCGUUCUUUUACUUUACCAUAGUUCGUAAAUUAAUCAAUUUGCCUAAUUUUAAUUUAAGUAUUUUCUAAACGUCUCAACUCAAUAGAAUAAAAUAAUUUUAAUUAUGAAGUCUAAGUCAGUCCAAGUUUAAGUCUAAAAAGUCUUAGUCUAAGUGCUUUGAGUUUGCGUGAGUUGAGUAGACCAGAACUAAUACUAAUACUACUACUAAUUAUAAGACUAAGACAAAUUCAGUGUGAGUGUCACCUGUCCAGUGACAAGACCAGAGUUAGAGUCUUUAUUAAUUUAUUUUUCUAAAGGCCGGCACUACGUACACCGAGGCGGUGUACCUAGCGAAACUAUUGACUUUGGCCUGCGUACACCGCGGCGAUUUAAAGUAGCAAAACCAUGUUCUUUGUGAGUCUUUAACUUUUUGGGCUAACCUGUACUUGUGUGUAAAAAUGAAUGGGAAGCCAGUGUAUCUAUUUUGUUAGCACCAAGGCCAAGAUAUAAUUACGCCACAAAGACAUUACGGGAAGAGAAUCACAUACAUUGAUCAUGAAGUUGUGAAGUUAAAGUUGUCCGAGGCAUUGUCAUUGUGAUAUCAAGCGAUUUUCAACACAAAACAACAGUAUGAUCAUUAUGAUGAUCAGUACGAAACACUGCACUGAUUUUUAAAAGUUUUUAAUAAUAACUAAAUAUUAUUGAAUUCGUUUUUCAUUGGCAUUACACAUUAGUAAAAAAAAAAAUGCAGGCAGACAUCAGCACCCCCCUCUCUCCAGGUUGGGUGGGGGGGGGGGUGCAAAAGGUAAGUUAGUUGUACGGACAUCCUUUGUGGACAACCCCUAUCCAGAGCCGUGAUUUGUGUAGGCCCCCUUUUUGGUUAAGCCUCUACCCAUAACUCACACCCACCCCCUGGCAUGGAUCGAUUUCUUAACAAAAAACAAUAUAUAAAAAAACUUUGAAAUAGCGCAAAUCCUGUCCCUAACGCAUUGUGCAAUGGUUUCUGUGAGAAAACGUUGUGUUUUACCCUGAGAAUAGCACAUGCCAUGCCAUUCUGGAAACGAAUUCCGUCAUGAACAGGGUAAACACAGACCUAUGGCUUUGCUAUACAGUUUGCUACCGCGCCGUAAGUUUCUAAAAUCGUAAUGUUUUCAAAAGAUUUGCUGUGAGACUGAGGGUUGUGAAUGAACCGUUGAUAUCGUGUGUACAUUUUGCCAAUGCAUAGUGAAAGCAAGAUGGUUGAAAUACAACCAUGCACAUUAAUAUUCAUAUGAUAUUAUUGAUAUACUGGUGUUUGGGUGUUCGUAAAAGUAAAAUUUAAAUAUUCAACUACACGAAGAAUGUUGAAAUACAAUAAAAUAUCACAUAUAUUUAAAAUGUUUAAAUUGCUACAAAAUAUUAAAAAACUACUCAUGAAACUACUGUUGCAAAUGAUCAUGAUAAUUUAAAUAUAAAAUAUUUUUAAUUAAUGGGAAGAAAAAAAACCCCGAUCUCCAACUGGGAAUUGAUCUCAAAAUAUAUCACCAGCAUCCACUCUACCACUUGACCACAUAAGAUCUUGCCUAACAUGCAUAUUAUCUUAAAACAAGGCCAAUGGUCAAUGGUACAUUUUUGCAGCAGUGUACCCAGGCCAAAGCCCACGAUUUCGCUAAGUACACUGCCGCGGUUUACGCAGGCCAAAGCAGAUGGUUUCGCUAGGUACACCGCCACGGUGUACGCAUCCACUUCGUUUUUUAAAAUGUAAAAUUUACAACAAUUAAAAUGAUAAUGAAUGUGAAUGAUAAAGUUUUGAUGGCUUAGUUAAGAUUAACGAUCCUAUUCCCGCUGUUUCCUGCUGGCAUCUUGAUCCCCAGGGUAUAAAAAAGCAUUUACUUUUUUAAUUUUAAGCCAUAAAUCCCUGAUGAUUUAUAUUUAUAGUCAUUAGUGUAGUCUUUACUUUGACUUGAGUCAUGUAUAAAAUGACAGACUGAAGAAUAUGUUUUUGUAAACAUGGGUCAUGGACCGAUUGGCAAUAAAAUAUUAUAAUUUCAGUAGGCUUUUUUUUUCUUAGCCUUAUCUCUAUUUUGAAAACAUAAUAUUUUUAAUGUCGUAGACGCCUCUGAGUCUAAGCUCUUCGAGGUCCCCGGACGGUCCUUUAACAGAGGAAGGGUACCACGAGGUAGUCCCCCUGGAAAGUUUCGCCCUAGCUGCAAACUAUCCUGCUACACCAGGAAUGUCAAAGGGGUAGCUCCCAAGAAUCACCUUACAAUAGUCUAUGACUAUGAUUUUCUUCUUCGCAAAUUGUGGGGGUAACUACUGCUUAAACUCAUAUAUUUUGCAGUAAAGGCUAAUAAAAAGUUUGCCGACCCCUGCAUUAAGGUGUCUUUUUGGGACCGCUUGUACUUUGGUUAUCAUAUUUUUUCUGAUAACUGAACAGGGUCAUGGAAAGGUUUCGUUAACGAAGUUUGUGCAUAGAAUAAAAUAUAUUUUUACCUUAUAGUUAAGGGGCUUUAUUGUAACCAUGCAGCAAACUGUACUGAGAUCAGCUGAUUGAUAUAAAACAAAUAUGGUUAGGACUGGAAUUCUUUUCAGCAAAAUGUGGUUGUAUAUUGACUAAAAUAGAUAACUGUCACAAAGAAUAAAAUCUGAGAUCAAUUUUUCUUUGCAGGCAUGUAUUCAGUAAUAUAUUGCCUAUUAAUUACCACAUUUUGCAAUCUUUGUCUGGUCACUUCAUGUGCAAUAAGUAUCUUUAUUUUACCUGGGCUGUGCUACAGAAUCUGAAUUAUUUUUCUUUAUUUUUAUGCUAAUUCACCUUGCCAUGCAAAUUGUGUACAAUGUUUUAAAAAUUAAAGGGAAGUUUGAAAAAUUGACACUUUACCGUAAUAAAAAAAUGUAAAUAUAUUGGUCUAUAUCAUAUAUCUGUUUUAUUUCAAAUUUAUACACAAUUUAAUUUGAAAAACAGUAUUCAUUGUAUUAGACAGUGACAAUUUAAAUGUUGAAAAUAUUGGUGUUUCGCCAUAGUCCAGCACUGCUAAAUGUAUUUAAAGGUAAAUUGCUGUGUUUGACAAGUUUCAAGUGGAUACAUUUGCAGGUAUUAUGUUUAAAAUAAGUUUUUCCAAAAAAUUAAUUAAAUAUGAUAGAAUUUAACAAAUUUUUUAAUUUAGAUUUUCUAAUAUUUCCUUUUUGUUCUAAAAUAGAAAAUAUAAGAAAUUCAAUAAUUUAGGGACUGAUGAUGUUUUUUAAUUGUAGAUUUAUAUCACUGUAAAGCAUACAGGAAAUGUAAGUAGCAGGUGAUAAUUAUACACACUAUAUUAUGCUAUAAUCAGGACAAGCUGCAAUAACAGGAUAGGUUAGAUAAAGUUUAAUCCUAUUCCUAUGCAUGUGAGAUCAUAGUUUCAAACAGAAGCACAAUAUUUCCAAAUCAUACCAAACCUCUAAUUUGAAAUUUCACCUGCAGCACAAGAGUAUGGUAUCAGACAAAGAUUUGGCAUGUGCAGCCAUUGACAGAGAAAGCAAAUACCUACGAAACAUAAGUUUAGAUAUAUGGGAGCAUCCAGAACUUUGCUUCCAAGAGCAUCAUGCCCACCAGGUGCUCACAGAUCUUUUGCUGUCAAAAGGCUUUCAGGUAUGAAAAGGUAGAAUUUCCAUAAUAAUUUUUUUUUUAAUGACCUUUGCCUCAAAUUAUAUCAUAAGAAUAAUUUAAUGUUGUUUUUUUUUAUUUUUCAAUAGGUUGAGAAAAAUUACAAAUUGGAAACAGCUUUUAAAGCAACAGCAACAAGCCAUGAGAUUGAUCCUGACUCUCCGAAUAUAGGUAUUAAUAGCUGGGUGAUUAAAAGAUUCACUUUGACUUACUUACAAAAGAAUUUAUUUGCUUUGAUAGAGUAUUAUUUACAGGGUACAAAUGAUAAAAUUCCGUAGUUAAAUUACUUUAAUAUUUGGUUUAUUAUUAAAUUACAUAAGGUAAAGUUAAAUAAUUCGCUCUGCAAUUUGUUCUUUUCCAAAUCUAGACUUAUGUUACUUCCCAUGCAUAAGUUUUGGUAUUGUUUUAUCAUAGGUGUGAUGUGUGAGUAUGAUGGCCUACCUGGCAUUGGACACGCCUGCGGUCACAAUCUCAUAGCUAUAAUGGGAAUAGCCAUCUCAUUAGGAAUAAAAGAAGCUUUGGAUAAAGGAAAUAUCAAGGGAAAGGUGUGUGGAUUCCUUUUUUUAAAAAUAUCUUUACCAUGGAAAGUUUAGAUAAAAUGGUUGAAAACCUCAGGACUACUUUACAAAUACCUUAAAAAGUAGAGAGGAAUCUACAAGUUCUUAAACUAAUUUCCGUUUUUAAUCAUUUGUUAAGGUCAAAUGAAUCAUAUUUUUGUUGAAAAUCUGAACUAAAUUAUUUCCCCUACUCCUAAAGGUGACUGUUCUUGGCUGCCCAGCUGAGGAAGGUGGUGGAGGUAAGAUUGACCUCAUCAAUGCUGGGGCUUACAAUGACAUGGACGUGGCAUUGAUGGCCCACCCAUCACAGUACAGUGUCCCUAAACCAGUUUAUGUUGCCAUGAGUCCGUAAGUGGUAUGAUUGAGUUUGUAUGUGCCAUUAUUGAGUCUUCAAGUGCCAUGAUUCCAUAAGUGCCAUGAUUGAGUCCAUAAGUGCCAUGAUUGAAUCCAUAAGUGCAAUGAAUGAGUCCAUAAGUGCCAUGAUUGAAUCCAUAAGUGCCAUGAUUGAGUCCAUAAGUGCCAUGAUUGGUUUUGGUGGUACGGAAAGGCACACCAACUGCAUUGUCUGUUCUUUUAUAAGUAAAAAAGAAUUUACAUUUUUUUUUAAAUUUUUUAAAAGUUAAGGGAAUAAGAAUGCUUAGGAAACAUUUUUAGAGCUAAAAAUAUUUUUGAUUUAGAGGAAAAAGUUAUAUAUUUCCAACACAUGGUAAAAAAUAAUUUAAAAUAUUUUAAUGUUUGAGAAAAAAAUUCAAUAUUUUCAAUACAUGGUUAAGGUUAUUACAAAUAUUUUUUUCAAAGUUAUUUUCAUGAGCAGAUGUUGCUGAUGGUUAUUAUUUAAUGUUCAGACCUCAUAAAAUUAUUAAUAGAUAAUACUAUACUUAAAAGAUGCUUAAGUCUUUAAAAAAAAUACAGUUAAAACAUUAGUAAAAUAGUUAAAUAUUGACAUUGACAGUGCUGAAGAAGUGAAGUUUAGUGUAAAUAAUUAAGUGUCAAGACAAUUUGUUUACUUGAAUGUUUCCAAUCAGGGUGAGAGUCAAGUACCAGGGUAAGGCAUCCCAUGCGGCCAGUUAUCCUUGGAAUGGAAUCAAUGCCUUGGACGCUGCUGUUUUAUGUUAUCAAAAUGUCUCAUGCAUGAGACAACAGCUGAAACCAGCCUGGCGAGUCCAUGGUGAGAUAACAUUUGAGGAGAUGAGACAUCAAAAUGUGCACUGUCAUUCUUCAUCUUAACAUUCUAUUUUCUUUCAUCUUUGAUUCAUGAUGAUUUGCAUAAAAGUUUAUUCAUUUGAUUGUUGUUCCAUGUGUUGAUCUGCACAUAAUAAUAUUAUCAUGAUUCCUAUUCUUUGUAAAAUUAAUUUUUUAUAGGAACCACACCAUAUUUACUGUAUACCUGCAUGGCUGUGAUGUAACACAAAACUAACAGAUUUCAAUCGAAAUAGUUCAGACAUUGGGUUUUUGUUUACAGAUAACAAAAUCUUUCAUUAUCAUUUGUAAAUAUAAGAGAAAGAAAACUCCAAAUGCAAACCACGGUGGUGGAAAGACAAAGUGCUCAUGAACCCAAAAUGAGUUUUUUUAAAAACAGAUGCAUGGCCAACUAUUCAGCAGAUCCCAAAUUUUCUCACCAUGUCAGCUUUCUAGUACAAAGGCACUAAACAACAGAAAUGAAGAUGUUCUAAUACAUGUUGAAGACUUUCCCUAAUUAUUUACAAAUUUUUGUUUGUUUGAAAUAUUGAAAAUCAGGUUCCUUAAUAGCUUUCAUCUUGUAAUAAAUAAAUAUUUUUUGGUCAGGUGUGAUAACAAAUGGUGGGGAGAAACCAAAUAUCAUCCCAGAAACAUCCGAACUGCUUUACUAUGCCCGAGCGCCAUGUAAGGAAGAACUCCUUGACAUUCAAAAGAGACUUGGGGGAUGUUUUGAUGCUGCUGCCGCUGCCACUGGUUGUAAAGUGAGUAUGAAUAGCUUUCUAGUCAUUAACAGCAAAAAAAAAAAUAACAAUAUUCUAUAAUUUCCCUCUGACUUAUUUGUCUCCGCUGCCUUUAUUCUGUGUUUGAACAUAAAGGGAAAUCACUCCAUUUUUCAUAUGAGCCUAAAUUUGAAGGCCAAUUGGUAACUGGAUAAUAAAAUAUUUUUAAGAAACCAAAGACAAAUAAAAUCCAGCAAUAAAUAACAUUGAAGGAGAAUCUAAUAUUAAUGGACAUGUCAGUUCAGUAACCCAAACCUCAAUUUUUAAUUUUCAAAAAAAAAAUGUUAAAAGACAAAUUUAAAUAACAUUGCUGACAUUGGAGGUCUUGGAAAUACUGCAGAGUGUUUAAAAAAAACAUGACUCAUUUGAUUUUAUCCUUUAACAGUUGUUCAGUGGUCGAGAAUAUUUGGUUUUAAUGACUUCAUUUUGGAUUGAUUGCACGUUGAUUGUUAAAUUUCUUUUUUUUUAAAUGUUACUGACAACUAUUUCCAGGUAGAUUACAGCUUUGACCCCAAAUCGUAUGACUCUCUCAUGUCUAAUGAGACUCUGGCUUCACUCUAUGUGCAAAAUGGCAAUGCCCUGGGCAUCGAGUUUGAAAAAGAUCCAGAAAAACUUUCGAAGCAAGGUGGCUCCACUGACAUGGGCAAUGUUUCCAAAGUCCUUCCCAGCAUUCAUCCUAAAUACAGUUUAAACACAGAUGUCAGCCUGCAUACAAUAGAAUUCAGAGAUAUUGCUAGUAGGUUUGAAUAGGAUCAAUAUUAACUUCCACAUAAUGGACAUAAAAUGAGAAUUUUUAUAAUUUUGAAAAAUAUGUAAUUAUUUGUAAGAUUAAUUCUAAAUUAUUCCACAGAAGUUAGUUUAUGGCUAAAGCAGUAGUUUUCAAACUAUGGUACAUUAUAUUUUUUCAAAUAGUUCAAAGUUAUGUACCCACUGAUAUCUAGACCAAAACUAAAACAUUUACAUGAUCUAAUAUUACUCUUACAGUUUAUGUAAAAACUUUCUAAUUUGUAACAACAAAAAAAAAGGAAAGUACUAUUCAGUAAUUAGUUAACUUGUUAGAAUAAAAGUUACCUCUUCAUGCCAAGAAAUGAAAUGUCUCGAUAAAAUAAACUUUUAUAUGCUCCUUUUCUUUUUAUUCUCUUUCCAAUGACCUUAAAUUUUAUACUAAAAAAAAAUUAAUGUUUUUUGUUUGGUACAAAGGUAAAUUCUUUGUGUAAAAUAAAUUAUUUUUUUAUUGAAUUUUUGUUUGAUAUUACAGAGACAGAAUCGGCACAUGAACUCACUCUAGUCCAUGCCAAGGCCCUUGCAAUGGCUUCCAUUGACGUAUAUAGCAAUCCAUUUCUGAUGGGUAAAAUUAAAGAUGAAUUUCAGCUGCAGUUGCAAACAGGAUUAUGAUUAGGAUUAUAGUGUUCGUGAAAAACUAAAGAUUUGACAUAACUAUGAAGAAAAACAACAUAAUGAUAUUAAACAGAUAUUAUUUGAGACUUUAAAUGAGCAGUGGAAGGCAUUGUUUUGUGGAUAUAUCAAGAACCGUUAUAAAUCGGAUUACCCAAUAAUUUAUUCUAUUUCAAUUGUAAAUACUGAAAGAAAAAAAAUAAUAUCAACCCUAAUGCUGAGAUGAUUAAAGUUCUGUCUCCAAUGAUAUGCUGACAAAGAAUAUUGGCAUAGCAGUUUAUUUGGAUUAUUUUUUUUUUUACACUUAUUUUUUCAUUAGCUCCUUUUAAAGAUACAAUAAUUAUUUUGUAAUUAUAUAUUUGAUCUUUAUUUUGCGAUUUACUAUUGGUUGACAGCCUAAAGGAUAUACCAAUUAAUUUCUUUUCAUGAGAUUCUAUAUUUAGCACAUAAGAAAACUUUUUAUGGAUAAGCUUAAUGCUUUGAAUGUUAAAUCAAUGAAAUUCUGAUCUUUAUACAAAAGUCAUCAUUCAGAAUCAAUUAUUAGUUUUACGAAUAUAUCAAGGUCGAGAAUCUGAGUUUCAAUUUACCGUAUCAUCUUGAAAGUUGAUCAAUAAGAGUUAGCGUAUAUUUGAUGAAAGGAUGGAAUUCCUGUUAAAUUGACCAGGAUAAUUAAUUGUCAUUGUCUUGCCAAGUUUUGUAAGCAACUUAAGAAUUAAUUAGUCUCAAUAGCAUUAAUUAAUGGAAUUUCGUAAUGAAAUAACCUAAGCCAGGUGCAUAAUGAAAUUACAUGGUAUUGUUAUGUGAGGUCACUAUGAAUGACACUUUGGGAUUCAAUGGGUGAAAAUUGCUGUAAUGUAUAGUCUUAUAGCACUUGUUUGGUGUUAUCAUAGGAUGGUGUUAUCAUAGGAUGGUGUUUCAAAACUGAAGUUCCAAUACAAUUAAAAUUUUUAAAAUGUCUCUUCUGUUCAACUAAUGAGCUUUAAUGCAAUGAUUCUAUUCAAUGUACCAAUAGUUCCAGUUACGAUGAUUAUGAAAUCCAAGUUAAAUACCAUGAUAGGUUUGCAACUCAACCUAUAUUAAUAUUAUGUGACAGUGUAUCAUUCUAGCCGGUUACCGGAAAUUUGAUCGAAAGAAAUUUCGUCGACGGUAAAUUGAUCGACGGUAAUUUGAUCGAACGGAAAUUUGGUUGAAUCUUUUUUUCCGUUCGCACGUUGAAAUUGUCGUCAAAUUUCUUUUUGAACGCACUAUACUAUUUAGUAAAACAAAAUAAUUCGUUCAAAAAGAAAUUUGAUACAAAAUUGUUACGUAAAAAUUGAAAAGAAGAUUCAACCAAUUUUCCGUUCGAUCAUAUUACCGUUGACCAAUUUACCGUCGACGAAAUUUCUUUCGAUCGAAUUUCCGGAUACGAUUCUAGCCAGCUACUAUUAAUAAUGUAAUGCUUUUAAAACCUGAAUCAGAAUGUUAGAAUUUUCAGCAUGUCCAACAAUUUGAUCAUAGGCCAGAAUCACCAUUCUUAUCCUUAGAUCAAGCAAUCAUUUCAAAAGAUCGUCUAUGUAGCUUAUCCUUAUAUCAAUCAUUUCGAAAGAUCGGCUACAUAGCUUAUUCUUAUAUUUAUUUCAAUCGAUCAAUUUAAAAGAUGGUUUACGCAGAUUUUCUCCCACUUGAGUUUCUUUAUGAUGCUUCUCUGAAAGAAUUGCCUUUACAAUUUACAUAUUCUAAUUAUGUGAUACAAUUAAAUAAAUCA